AUGGUCCCCAGGUCCCUUGUCCUCGUAGGCCUCGUGCCGUUUGCCGCCGCCACUCCACUCAACCUGGCAGACCGACAGACGAGCUGCGACUCGGUGCACUUCUUCAUCGCGCGCGGCUCGGGAAAACCGUACCAGUGUCGCCAAGGGGCCCUCGUGAACGCGACCUGUGUGGGCAUCGCGAGCUGCGGCUCCGAGGACAUCCAGUACCCGGCGGCCUUUUCGGACUACUGCAACUCGGUCUCCACCGGCAUCAACAACGGCAUCGCCCAGCUCACGGCGUACGCCACGUGGAGUGCCCUGACGCGCAACUGGUCUUGA